AUGUUAUUGAAUGAAAUGUUACAUUUCUUCAUAAUUUUAUUUAUUAUUAAACAAAUCUCAGCUUACUCUUAUAAUCGACCAAAAUUGUAUUCAGAUUCAACAUGGAAUCCAAAUGGAAUAACUAUAUUUAACAACACUUUCAAUGAUUCAAAUCUUUUUGAUAUUUUUAUCAAUAUAAAUAAUACAAUUUACAUUUUAAAUAAACAAAUUCUUGUUUUCAAAGAAGAAAAUUUCAUAUUGAUAUAA